GUCGACGGGACGGCCGUGUCUAGCGCGAAAUGUGACAGUGCCGAGUGACGAUGAGGCAGGGCCGGCAGAGAGCGCCCCAUGGCGUGGGGCCGCUCCUGCUCAUCCUGCUGAUCCUUUGGACCCGCUCCACAUCCCGCAGCGGCGCUUUGGCACAGCAGAAUGAUAAAAAAGCAAGCUCUGGUCCGGUCAAUCGAGGAGAAAAGAAAUUUGGGGAUAAAUGUACAUACACAGACGAAUGCGGAUUCGAUGGAGCAAUCUGUGACGAUAGGAUGCACUGCAAUUGCAUACCAGAACUGCCAAUAACUAAUCAUCUAAACAAAUGUGGUGUGGCCAGCCGAAUAAAUGAGUCUUGCACGUUCAACGAACAAUGCGAAGCGGUAAGUUUUCAAAUGGAAUGCCGCGACGGAGUCUGCAUAUGCCGUUACGAAAAGACACCUGUGAUAAAGCCAGACGGAUCAUUCGAAUGCAAACUUGUAGAACAAAAGCGAACACCAGACAAAUAUAUAGACCCAGCGAUGAUAGGAAUUCUUGUAGCGAUGUUUCUGAUGUUUAUAACAAUAUGCGUUGUUUUGAGACUAUUUAGUAGGGCAAGAUGGCGAGAAAAUCGAACGAUAUUUAAUACUCCGAAUCCUCGAUUGAUGAACGUAUCACUUUUAAGGGAAAACAAACACCCGGAGCGCCGAGGGUCCAGGGGCAGCGCCAGAGGACCCAGUAGGCCUCCCAGCAUGGCUUCGUUAAGGGCACAUUCGCCCAAUUCGCAAGGGCGUUUGUUUUUAGGUUCGAGAAGAGGAUCACGUGGAAGCAGCAACGCUUCUGCAACUUCGACGAGGUCCAACAAAAGUCCUCCGCAGGCGAACCAGAGCUCCGCUAUGACGCCGAUGCUGGAAAGCGUCACCAUCGAGGUUCAAAAGCCAAAAGCUUAAAUUUACCCCUAAUUAUAAGCAUCUUAAGAAACUCGCAGUGCAUCGGAUCUUCAGGAUUUAUAGCAGAUAGUAAACUGAAUUAACGAGAGCUUUAGGUUUCCAAUCUAAUCGGGUAUUAUGCAAUGCCAUAUAUAAGUAAUCAUAUAUAAGCAUUUAAAAUCUACAAUCUUUAUUAUUACCUUCGGUAGUAAGUGAUGUUAGGGACCAUUGAAGUAAAUUUUGUCCACUUGUCACAUUUCACUCAAAUUUAAAAAUAAAAAUAUGUUGUAUCAUAUAAAUUUUUUCUUCAUUUUUCAUUAACACAAUAUAAUAUCGUACAAAAUGAUAGUUUCUUCUAGAUGAAAGCACAAUAUAGAGUUAUUAAUAUAGCACGAGUUAGGACUAGAAAUUUAAUUAAUUAUAAUAGUUAUUAAAAUUAAUUUAAUAUAAAUUUGUAAAACUCGUUUACAUAAAUAAAUUUAUCCCGCUUUACUUAAUACAAAAUUAAGUUUGGUGGUACAAAAAAUACUGGGAAUAUUUUGUGAUACUACCAAAUAAAAGAAACUGUGAUUGUAUGUUUUGUAGCUUUUAGUAUAACUGGACGAAAAAAAUGUGCUGGGAAACCUUUUUUACGUCCGGUGUAAUUUGUCAUCGAAAUUUAUUUUAAACUCUGUACAGUGAAUAAAAAAGCAAAGCUACGUUCUUUAAACAUACAAGGUACAGUGUGCUCAUUAUGAUACCUCUAUCCCUUACCAGAAGUCUUUUAAAUAAAGUUAAAUUAUAAUAGAACAUAGAUUACUCAUUAAUUAGAUGUGACGACACGUUUCUUCUGUAUUAAUAAUAACAUUAUUAUUAUAUUGUAAUUUCAUUACACGAGCUUAGCUCUGCUUGCUUAUAUACGAGUUAAAAUUAAAAAAAACUAAUUACAACUAGUGUAACUAGGUAUAUUGAGCAAAUUUACAUUUAUUGUACUAUCUAUAAUCA